AAAGAAAGGCCAGACCACCACCAUCAUCACCAAACAUUUCAAUACAAGUAGGGAAAGAAAUUAUAAACAAAAGUAAUGGCGAGAAUCCUUCGGCAUCACUCCUCUUAUCUCUUUCUCCUCUUCGCUCUCUUCCUCAACCCCGUCCACCCGGUGAGGCCCAGCACCUACAUAUACUCCGGUUGCUCCCAGGAGAAGUACCAGCCGAGCUCGCUCUUCGAGUUGAACCUCGACUCCGUCCUCUCCUCCUUUGUGAGCUCGUCCUCUCGAGCUGCGUACGGCAGCUUCGCCGUCGGGAACGGCACUUCGGCCCCGCCCGAGGGCUCCGUCUACGGGCUAUAUCAGUGCCGGGGCGAUCUGAAGCUCGCCGAUUGCUCGAGAUGCAUCCAGAGCGCCGUGAGCCAGAUGAGCUUGGUGUGCCCCUACUCCUACGGGGCGUCCCUUCAGCUCGACGGCUGCUACGUUAGGUAUGAGCACACGGAUUUCCUGGGGAAGGUCGACACGGGCCUGAGGUACCAGAAGUGCGGUAGGGGCUCCGAGAGCGAUCAGGAGUUCUUCCGGCGCAGGGACGACGUCCUCGCCGACCUGAAAACCGCGCUAGGGUUCCGGGUCAGCAGCUUGGGGAUGGUCGAGGGUUUCGCCCAGUGUUUGGGUGAUCAGAGCGCGGCCGACUGCUCCGCUUGCAUCUCGCAGGCGGUGGAGGAGCUGAAGACGCUGUGCGGGUCGGCGGCAGCGGCGGACGUCUUCCUGGCUCAGUGCUACGCUCGCUACUGGGCUUCUGGCUACUACGACUCGUCAGAUUCUUCCAACAAUGAGGACCAAGGGGGCAAAACCGUCGCCAUCCUAGUGGGAGUAGUCGCAGGUCUCGCCAUCUUGAUCGUCCUCCUCUCGCUCUGCCGAAAAGCGAUGAGCUGAGAAGAUCGAUCGAGAAUAUGACACAUUCCAUGGAGGAACACAAACAUGUUGGACACAUAGUCCAUCUUUCAGUUCCUUUUCUUCUUUUUUUGUGUUUUAUUUUUGGGGUUUUGUUUUUGGGUCUUUGUUUAGGCCAAAGCUAAGUCUUGACCUAUCGUUUUGACUGUGGAUGGCAAAUAUUAUUUGACUUCCAAAGCA